UCUUUAUGAGGUCAUUCACUCCAAAACAAACAAGACUGCUCUGACCAGACUUUACAUAAGGACGACGCAUUCCUGGUCUCCAUGACAACGCACUCUAAAUUUCCGGAUCGGGGAGGAUGGCCUCGGACUGCGCAUGUGUAUAGCCAGCCGGCAUUUGAACUCCGAGGCUUCCGUAGGGUCCAGCAUGGCUGCCGCGCUACUGCGAGAGUUGGGUGCACUGUGGGUACCGACCCUGAGGAUCUGGGCAACGCAGACGCUGCGAGUUUUACCCCAGUCAUGUAUCCACACAAGUGCUUCUCUUGACAUUUCUCGAAGAUGGGAGAAGAAGAAUAAGAUUGUUUACCCACCUCAACUCCCUGGUGAACCUCGGAGACCAGCAGAAAUUUACCAUUGUCGGAGACAAAUAAAAUACAGCAAGGACAAGAUGUGGUACCUGGCAAAGAUGAUACGAGGCUUGUCCAUUGAUCAGGCUUUGGCUCAGCUGGAGUUCAAUGAUAAAAAGGGGGCUCAGAUUAUUAAAGAGGUUCUCUUAGAAGCACAAGACAUGGCAGUGAGAGACCAUAAUGUGGAAUUCAGAUCCAACUUACACAUAGCUGAGUCUACCUCAGGUCGAGGCCAGUGCCUGAAGCGCAUCCGUUACCAUGGCCGAGGUCGCUUUGGCAUCAUGGAGAAGGUCUAUUGCCACUAUUUUGUGAAGCUGGUGGAAGGACCCCCACCCCAACCUGAAGCACCCAAGACAGCAGUUGACCACGCCAAGGAGUAUAUUCAGCAGCUUCGCAGCCGGACCAUCAUCCACACUCUAUGAGAUCUGUGCCGGUCAUUCUGGCUCCACAGUGUAUAUAUUUUACAUUUACUUGAAAAAGUAAAAACAAAUGAUUUUUA